AUGGGAGGCCCGGCGAGAGCCACAAGGGCUCGACCGCAGCCACAGCAGCCGCUACAGCGUGGCGGCCCGCCGUCUUCCCAGCCUCAGCAGGCCAGCUCAGGCACCACGGUCUUCGAUGAUUCCAUCAAUGCGAUUCUCAACGAUGCUGCGGGAUACGUUACUCCGCAGAAGACUGAGGCCGAAUCGCCGCGCACUGAACGCUCGCGGCUUAGCCAGAGCUCAGAAGCUCUGGCUAUUCGGCAGCCUAGCAGUAGGUACAUCACACAUGUUCUCUUUGCAACUCUGACCUUCCCAGAUGACCGCCGGAACUCUACUGCUGCCCUUGUCGACGAGUCCGAUCCGCUGGGCCUUCACAUUAAAGAAGUCAUAUCAGUCAUCAGUCAGUUGGAAGGAUUGGGCCUGCAGCAGCUGUCUAUCCAGCUACCCAAGUGCGUUGUUCUUGGAGAGCAGUCGUCCGGGAAAUCGUCAGUCAUCGAAGCGAUCUCUGGUGUCCGUACGCCCCGCGCUGGCGGCACCUGCACCCGAUGUCCACUUUUCAUAAAACUUGAGCGUUCAAAUGACCCACAAGCUGGCUGGCAAGCUCGUGUCGCGCUGCGCCUGAACUACAUCUUCAAGGGCGUUACACGAGGUACCAAAUUUCCCGGGUGGACGCCCAACCCCAGCGUACAAGAGAUUCCGUUUGCUGCCUGUGGUUCCCCGGAUGAACUUGAAGAGAAAAUUCGCCGUGCUCAGCUGGCUCUCGUGCACCCGCUUGAGGAUCCUACGAUCUUCGCACAGGGCCGAGCCUCCACACUUCACCCGGAUCAGACCCAUAAGGUCAAUUUCAGCCCUAAUAUCGUGUGCAUAUAUCUCGCGCACCCAACGCUGCCAGAUCUGUCCUUCUACGACCUGCCGGGCAUCAUCAGUCAGUCUGAAAACCCAGACGAUGUUCCCUUCGUGAAGCAGCUAGUGCAGGACUACGUUGAAGAUCCUGAUGCGCUUGUCUUGGUGGCUUGCUCGUUGGCCGCAGAUAUCGCCACGUCUCUUGCCUCCGGUUACGCGCGUGACAGAUGGGGAGCUGGUCAUCGUUGUAUCGGUGUGCUCACCAAACCUGACCUCCUCCCAGCUGGAAGUUCCGAUAAGCCACUGCGCAGGGUACUCAAUAACGUCGAGCUAAAGUUUGGACACGGAUAUUUCGUGGUGAAAAACCCUGACCAACUGAUGCUAAACAACAGGCUCACUCACCAAGACGCCCGAUUGCACGAGCAGCACUUCUUCGCCACUCAAGAACCCUGGUGCAGCAGUCUUCGGGGUCACCAUGGACGCUUUGGUACCUCAAAUCUGCAGCAAUUCCUUUCAGAGAAGCUGGCCGGCCAAAUGGUGAAAGCACUUCCUGGAAUCUACGAGCAAAUUCAGGCCCGCCUAGAUGAUGUCGAAGCACAGCUGAGGCUCAUCCCUGAGCCACCGACCUAUGGAGCCGCGAAAAUCAUAACGGAUCUUGUGGAUGGUUUCUCUAACCACGUGCGAAAGGAGCUGGAAGGCGCUUACCCCUGCAAAGAUUGGAGAAAUCUUUGGAAAGACUUGCAGAAGCAGUUCUUGAAAGAUCUUGCUGCAAUGAAACCCACCAUGGUGAGGCGCGGCCAUAACGAUCGUGGUCUUUACAAGCUCUCAGGCAAAUCAUCCGACGACCCUGUAUAUCUGUCGGAUGGAGAUAGUGACGAUGAUAUGGCGGAUAAUGCUGCACCGGAGACGCCACCGAGUAAGCGCAAGUUUGAGCAUACGCCUGCAUCGACCCCAAGCAAGAAAUUCCGUAUAUCCGUACCACCCAUCCCCACUCCUAAGAUCAAAACUGUCCACGGCAAGCGCAAAGUGUUCCAGCUGGACGAGGUCUCUCAGCACUUGGAGACCAACUCGCAGGCAAAGAUCCCCGGUCAUAUCGAACCGAAGGUCGUUGAUGAUCUUAUCAAGCAGACUAUUACCCACUGGUGUGUUCCUGCGGACAAACUCCUGAACGACCUCGAAGACGGACUGAUAAGGUUUAUCCGCUUAACCUUUGAGCGAUUCUUCGAGCCGCGACAUGAUACUAAGCUGUACACCGAAGCGUGGCAAAUUGUGGAGAACAUCUUAAAGACUAGUAUGACGGAACAGCGGACGAUGGCGAAAGACGCAUACAACGACGAAUGGGAGGGGCCAUACACUUUCCACGAGGCCGACUUCAUCAGGGAAAAGAAAGCCAUGCGUGAUAAGUAUCGCGAUGCUCGCAUCGACACUCGCCUCAAGAUCUACAUGGAGGAAAUGGCGCAGAUCGUGGGUGAAGAGAAAGUACCCACGAAGGAGAAGCUUCUUAAGAAUGAGAGUCUAUGUAGCCGACUCCAGCAGGAACCCUACGACACUGAGAUCGACGUUGUUGCGGAAGUCACUAGCUAUUACGAGAUUGCAGUCCGUCGUUUUCACGACUCAAUCUGCAUGCGCGUCGAAUCGAAGUUCUUCACACGCCUACAAACGAAGCUGCGCGACGACCUGGAAGAGACUUUGGGCAUCAACGACGAGAAUGGCACUCGCAAGGCCAUGGAGCUUCUUGAGGAGCCUUCUCAACACGCUGCCCGUCGUAGAGAACUUAUAGCCAUGAGGAACGCUCUACUCCAGGGACAGAAACAUCUCGAUGCUUUACAGGCGAAACACGGCAAUAACAACAUCGCUCCAAGCUUCAACUCUUCCGCCUCGUUUGGACCCACGUCUACUCCUCUCACCGACGAGAUGCAGGACAUCGCACAGAGCGGUCGUAUCCGUCAUUAA